AUGGGGGUCCCUGAGACAAUUGUGGCUUUUCCCAAGCAGGAAUCGGACAACCAGCCAGCGACGGUCCGCUACGAAUACGACCCCUGGUUGUUGGAUGACCAUCCGCUCCGCUCGCAUCCAACCGAGUGCAUCCCCGGUCUGGGAACGUUUCUCAGUGAAUGGUUUACCUCUCUUCAGUACCGAUGGAAGGAGACCUUGUUCCGCGCUGGAUGUCUUCUCCUGUCAUGUUUAGCUGCAUUCCAAUGCCUCCAUCUCCUCCACUCCCCAUCUACCGGUAAAGGCCUGCCGCGCCCAGCGGUGACAUCUCGAAUCAGCCCUCGCGAAUGGCACGUGAGAUGCACCUACCCUCACUCAGAUCCCCGUUCCAACGCCCUUGCGCAGUCCGUUGCUGCCGGCUGCGACGGGCUUCGAACGGAUAUUUGGCUGCGCGACAAUGAGCUGCAGAUGGGUCCAUCCAACUUGGGCCUCAGCGCUACCAAUUCUUUGCCGCUGCGCCUCGAUUCGAUCAUUGCCAAACUGGAGUCGGAUAGUGCUUCACGUAGCUCCCAAGUUUCUUUGUCUGUGGCUUCUGGCGGGUUGAGCCGUAAUGAUCCUUCGCGAACUUUUAUGCUCGUCUUGGAUGCUGGAUCCUCGCUACCUGAGGUUUUGCCCGAUUUAGUUUCGCAACUGGCCGUCCUCCGACAACGUGGCUAUCUUUCCCAUUGGGAUGGUGCCGGGGUGGUUCAGCGGCCUGUCACCGUGGUUGUCACGGGCACGGCUGUGCCUGAUUCAGAUUGCUUCAGCUCACCCUACUCAGACGUAUUCUGGACAUCUGAGGAAGGGUUUAUCUUUGAGGAAGACCUUGCCAAUGAUCAGCUCUCUCCGAUCUGCGUGGUAUAA